GAGAGAGAGAGAAAGAGAGAUUCAGAAAAGUGGAGGAAAGCUGAAAACGGAAAUGUAGAGAGAGAAACAGGAAGAGGGACAGAAAGAGAGAGAAACCUUGGAUCCAAAAAGUUUUCUCUCUCUUUUUCUCGUUAAACAAACAAUGCCAUUCUUCCUUUGAUUUUUCCUUCUCUCUUUCCCUCAUUUUCUCAUUGUUUUCUCUGUCUUCAAGCAAGGCCUAUACUUCUAGGCCAGAGAGAGAUUUGAUCCGUUGUGUUUCUCUCUCUCUGUCUCUAGAAUUUUCGAUUCCGACAAUGGGAGCUCGCUGCUCCAAAUUCUCGCUCUGCUGGUGGCCGCAUCUCAAAUCAAACAGCCAGGAUUCGUUCGAUCUCGAGAACGGAGGCAAAAAUGAAGGGGACUCAUUGCCUAGUUUCGGAGAGUUUAGCUUGGACCAACUGAGAGCUGCGACGUUGGGAUUUUCUUCUGAUAAUAUCGUGUCAGAGCAUGGUGAGAAAGCUCCCAAUGUUGUUUACAAAGGAAAGCUCGAAGAUGACCGUUGGAUCGCUGUUAAACGUUUCAAUAAGUCCGCUUGGCCCGAUUCUCGGCAAUUCCUGGAAGAAGCUAGAGCAGUGGGGCAGCUUCGAAAUGAGCGAUUGGCAAAUUUGAUUGGAUGUUGCUGUGAAGGGGAAGAGAGAUUGCUUGUUGCGGAGUUCAUGCCUAAUGAAACUCUCUCAAAGCACCUUUUCCAUUGGGAGGCACAGCCCAUGAAAUGGGCAAUGAGGCUGAGAGUGGCUCUUUAUUUGGCACAAGCUUUGGAAUACUGCAGUAGUAAAGGGCGGGCAUUGUACCAUGACCUGAAUGCUUACAGAGUUUUAUUUGAUCAGGAUGGUAAUCCCAGGCUCUCCUGCUUUGGCCUUAUGAAGAAUAGCAGAGAUGGCAAAAGCUAUAGUACAAACUUGGCCUUCACCCCCCCAGAAUACUUGAGAACAGGUAGAGUGACUGCUGAAAGUGUAGUUUACAGCUUUGGCACACUAUUGCUUGAUCUUCUCAGUGGAAAACAUAUCCCCCCAAGCCAUGCACUUGACCUGAUACGUGGCAAGAAUUUUCUGAUGUUAAUGGACUCAUGUUUGGAGGGCCAUUUCUCAAAUGAUGAUGGAACUGAAUUAGUGCGGUUAGCUUCACGUUGCUUACAGUAUGAGCCCCGUGAGAGGCCAAAUGCUAGAUCUCUUGUGACUUCUCUGACUCCUCUUCAAAAAGAAACUGAGGUACCAUCAUACGUUCUGAUGGGUAUUCAACAAGAAACUGUAUCCCCAGCAGAAACGCUACCUUUGACGCCUCUAGGUGAAGCGUGCUCAAGAAUGGAUCUGACUGCAAUUCAUGAAAUAUUGGAGAAGGUUGGAUACAAGGAUGAUGAAGGGGUGGCGAAUGAGCUGUCUUUCCAAAUGUGGACAAAUCAAAUACAGGAGACCCUGAAUUCUAAGAAGCGUGGAGACACUGCAUUUCGAGCUAAAGACUUCACCACUGCAAUUGAGUGUUACACACAAUUCAUUGAUGGUGGGACCAUGGUGUCACCAACUGUGUUUGCAAGACGUUGCUUGUGUUACUUGAUGAAUGAGAUGCCACAAGAAGCUCUAGGAGAUGCAAUGCAAGCACAAGUAGUCUCCCCUGAUUGGUCAACUGCCUUCUAUCUUCAAGCUGCCGCACUCUUCAGCCUUGGUAUGGACAAUGAUGCUCGGGAAACACUCAAAGAUGGCACAUCCUUAGAGGCCAAAAGAAAUAGAAAAUGAAAGUGUAUAGGUUUUUUUUCCCUAUUUUUUGUUUUUUUUGGGCUCCUUACUUUUUCUUUUAAACACUCCUUGUAUCUAUGUCCUUAUGUUUCUAUUUGGCAUUAAAAGUUUGUGCAGCACCAGAGGCUUGAUUGUAACAUGUAUUUGUUGGUUUUGGGUUCAUGUUUUGACCCUCAUCCUUUGAUCUAGGAGCUCCCACUGCACUUUGCCUUGUGUUUGUCACUUUGCCUUGUUUCUCGUCUCCUGCUGAUAUCCACACACCGUGUGAUGAUGAAGAGAUUUUGGGCUCAAUAUUGAAUGACAGAGUGUCCUUUAAGAGAUGGAUUUUA